CCGCGCAUCGAGCAGCUCAAGCAUUUCAUUCUCUCUGGAUUGCCGUCAUAUUUUCAAGAACCAUUCAUUGUUUUCCUUCAUAAAACUCAUACAUAUAUUUCAGUGUACUAAUUAUAUACGUUUAAGUGGUCUCUAAAUAAAUAAGCAAUGGGUCUGCUGUCUCUGCUGCGUAAGCUGAAGCAGGCGCCAGACCGCGAGCUGCGGCUGCUGCUGCUCGGUCUAGACAACGCAGGCAAGACCACACUACUGAAGACCCUUGCUGCUGAAGACCCCACCCACAUCACCCCUACGCAGGGGUUCAACAUCAAGAGCGUGUCAUGCGAGGGGUUCAAGCUGCACGUAUGGGACAUCGGGGGCCAGCGCAAGAUCCGGCCCUACUGGCGCAACUACUUCGAGAACACCGACGUCCUGCUCUACGUCAUCGACUCCGCAGACCGAAAACGCAUGGAGGAAACUGGCUUCGAACUCGCCGAGAUAUUGGGGGAGGAUAAACUGGCCGGGGUGCCGGCGUUGGUCCUAGCAAACAAACAGGAUCUGUUCAACGCUGCCCCGGCGUCCGAGAUCGCGGACAACCUGCAGCUGCACACAAUCCGCAACCGCGGCUGGCAGAUCCAGCCGGCGAGCUGA